AUGAGGCUUGGAUGUAUAAAUGGCUUGCGGUUCAAGCACCUCAAGCUUGCCACUCUUGCAUUUUUCAUGUUGUUUCUUCUUUGGAAAUGGGGGAAAGGCACAUACUAUGGUUCUGGAGUCCUCCGACCAGAUCCAUUGUUUUUUACUGAUCCAGCUAACUCAAAGUUUGUAGACCAGCAUACAUCAACAGAGGCAGACUUUCAAAGUGCGGACCCAUUGCCUCAGUCGGUAGUUAAAGUAAAAAAGCAAGUUACUGGUGCACCACCUCCAUUGACGACAGGUUAUUCUGUUGAUGUUGCAGAUGAAAAUGAAGUGCCGCCUCCUGAGAAGAAAGAAUGUAACUACAGGAAUGGAAAGUGGGUUUUUGACAGUCUUAGACCACUGUACUCGGGGUUUGGCUGUAAACACUGGCUUUCCGAGCGUUGGUCCUGCAGAUUAACCCAGCGCACGGAUUUUGCAUAUGAAAAAUUUAGAUGGCAGCCAGAAGCAUGUGAGAUGCCAGAGUUUGAGGCCUCACUGUUCUUGAGGAGAAUGCAGGAUAAAACCAUUGCUUAUGUGGGCGAUUCUUUAGGAAGGCAGAUGUUUGAAUCAAUGAUGUGUAUGGUCACUGGCGGGAAGCAGAGGCCUGAUGUGGAAGAUGUCGGAGCGGAGUAUGGCUUUGUGUUAGCACCAGCUGCCGAAAGACCAGACGGCUUGGCCUACCGGUUCCCGAGCACCAACACGACAAUUCUAUACCAUCUGUCGUCGACACUCUGUGAGUUGGAGCCUCUGGAUCCAUCAGAUCGUGCGACCAGUUACGCCAUGCACCUUGAUCGUCCAGCUGCUUUCCUGAAGAACAACCUCCACAGGUUCCAUGCCCUGAUCCUCAACACCGGCGACCACUGGAAUGAAUGGAACCUAAGGUCCAACAAGUGGGAGAUGUAUCUUGGUGGGGCACCAAACAGCAACCGGGACAUUGCCGUCAUCCGGAAUGCAAAAAAUUUCACCAUUCACAGCGUCAUCAAGUGGUUGGAUGCUCAGCUCCCACACCACCCCCAGCUGAAGGUGUUCUACAGAUCGUUGUCACCUCGGCACUUCUUCAACGGGGAUUGGAACACCGGCGGCCGAUGCGAUGGCACAAAUCCUCUGCCCAAAGGAAGCGGCGUUCACCGGAACCAUUCCGAAGACGCUGAAGCUGAGAGCGCGGUGAGGGGGACCAGGAUCGGGCUGCUGGAUGUCACCGCCCUAUCGCGCUUGAGGGAGGAGGGGCAUGUAUCACGGUACAGGAUCGGGGGCACGCAGGGCGUUCAAGAUUGCUUGCCCUGGUGCCUUCCUGGCGUGCCAGACACGUGGAAUGGGAUCCUUGCAGCAAAGCUAUAG